AUGUGGGUGCCGCUGCUGCUGCUGCUGCCGGAGCUGCUCCCCGCCGUGCCGGCACAGAAGCUUUCCGCCCUCACGUUUUUGAGAGUGGACCAAGACAAAGACAGAGAAUGCAGCCUGGACUGUGCAGGUUCCCCUCAGAAAUCACUCUGUGCAUCUGAUGGAAGAACUUUUCUGUCCCGCUGUGAGUUUCAACGAGCAAAAUGCAAGGACCCUCAGCUAGAAAUAGCCUACCGAGGCAACUGCAAAGAUGUUUCCAGGUGUGUGGCUGAGAGGAAGUACACCCAAGAACAAGCUCGCAAAGAAUUUCAGCAAGUGUUUAUCCCAGAAUGCAAUGAUGACGGCACAUAUAGUCAGGUUCAGUGCCAUAGUUACACUGGAUACUGCUGGUGUGUCACUCCCAAUGGCCGUCCCAUCAGUGGUACUGCUGUGGCCCACAAAACUCCCCGCUGCCCAGGUUCAGUGAGUGAGAAGCUGCCACAACGAGAAGGUGCAGGCAAAACAGUCUCCUUGCAAAUCUUUUCCAUUCUGAAUUCAGAUGAUGCCUCAGCUCCCGCGCUGGAGACUCAGCCUCAAGGUGAUGAAGAAGAUAUAGCUUCUCGUUAUCCUACCUUAUGGACUGAGCAAGUAAAGAGUAGACAGAACAAAACCAAUAAAAGCUCAGCAUCAUCAUGUGACCAAGAACUUCAGUCAGCCCUGGAGGAAGCAAAACAGCCCCAGAAGGACAAUGUGUUCAUUCCAGAGUGUGCUCAGGGUGGCCUCUACAAGCCAGUGCAGUGCCAUCCCUCCACAGGCUACUGCUGGUGUGUUCUGGUGGAUACGGGACGUCCCAUCCCUGGUACAUCAACAAGGUAUGAACAGCCUAAAUGUGAUAAUGGUGCCAGAGCUCACCCAACAAAAACAAAGGAUUUGUACAAAGGACGCCAGCUUCAAGGUUGUCCUGGGGCCAAGAAGAACGAGUUCCUGACAAGUGUUUUGGAUGCAUUGUCCACAGAUAUGGUGCACGCGGUCUCUGAUCCAUCACUGUCUUCUAGCCGUGUUUCUGAGCCUGAUCCAAAUCAUACUCUGGAAGAGAGAGUAGUCCAUUGGUAUUUCAAGCAGCUUGAUAAAAAUUCCAGUGGUGAUAUUGGCAAGAAAGAAAUCAAGCCAUUUAAGAGAUUCCUGAGAAAGAAAUCAAAACCCAAAAAAUGUGUGAAGAAGUUUGUGGAAUACUGUGAUGUAAACAACGAUAAAUCCUUGUCAGUUCAAGAAUUAAUGGGCUGCUUGGGAGUAACAAAAGAAGAAGGUAAAGCAGAAACAAAGAAACGCCAUACAGUCCCUAGAACCAACACUGAGAGCACUUCAUCCAGCAGGCAGCAAGUUUCGAAGAAGCAAGGGUGA